CAGAGAGCAGAGAGCCAGGAGUCCUCAGCUCUGCCUGCUACUGGGAAGAUGAAGGUCUUCGUGGGUGCUCUCCCCUUCCUCAUUCUUGCUACUGCCCUUGGAUCCCAGGUCCAGGUCCCUCAUGAACCCGUGGUGGUGAAACUCCGGCAAGAACCCUCAAUAAGUAAGCACAUUAAUGGUUUACACCAUCCUGCUGACUGCUGCUCCAGCUACAUACAACAAAUUCGAUGUGCAAAAAUGAAAGAUUUUUUUAGAACAAGCAGUUCAUGCUCCCGGCCAGGUGUCAUCUUCCUCACCAAGAAGGAGCGGCGUAUCUGUGCUGACCCCCAUGUCUUGGAAGUUCAGAACUGCAUGAGGUCCCUGAAAAACCUAAUGAUACUGACAGGAGAAAGAGGAGACUUUCUUGAGAAGAAAUGGUACUAGGGGCCAGCUACCCCACAUCCACUUGUCUUGCCCCAACUCCCUCCUGGGAUUUUCUUGGCCUGAAUUAUUUUUCAAAAAGCAACAACUACCAUUCUUUCUGUUCUGGUUAUAAAAGCUAUGCAUGAAUAAAGAGUAUCUGAUAUAACUUUCCUUGAGCUUUAGGAGGAAAAAUAAACUAUAGGAAUUGCUGAAAUUUGGAUUCUAUGGUUUUUUCCCAAAUGAUAUGUCAUAACAGAAUUUUGUAAAACCUAAACACAUUCAAACUCAUUCAAACAUAGAUUGAACCUGUGUCAAAAAUGUACUUAACCCAUUCAAAAAGGGAACCAUAAAACAGAGUCAAAGAUUAUCUGAGGAACAGAGAUUUAUAUAGUUAAUUGGGGAUGGCAUUCUGAAAUGUUAAGUCAGAGAAAAAGAGAUUAAUAUCCUAUUGAAAAAUAAUAUUGUAACUCUGGG